UUAAAUUACAAUAUAAAGUUGUUGAACUUUGCAAUCAUGGUUCAGGAAUACGCAUCUCCCGUGAGGGUGCAUAAGUACCCCUUCGAAAUGGUGAUGGCUGCAUACGAAAUGCGGUUUCCCAGCUGCCCGCAGAUACCUGUGGUGAUAGAAUGCGUGAUAACUGAGGACAGCUGGACAGCGGACGACUCGCAAAGGGACACCAUAAGGAAGUGCCAGCUCAAUGUGGAAGCGCCUUACUUGCUGAAGAAGAUGAUCGGCGUCGACUACGUAUACUUCAUCCAGAAGAACCACCUCGACCUCAAGAAUAGACUAUUAGAAAUCGAAGCAACGAACGAGACCUUCGCCGCCAGGGUUGGAGUUGUCGAGAAGUGUAAAUAUUACGUGCAUCCAGAGAAUCCAGAAUGGACAUGUUUUGAACAGAGCGCGUUGCUUGACGUGAAGAACUUCUUCGGCCUUGAAAACACCGUAGAGAAGAUUGCAAUGAAACAGUAUGCUGCCAACAUUGCUAAAGGGAAGGAACUGAUCGAGGUGUUCAUGAAGGAAGUGAACGCUGGUGGCGUGACGGACUUGCGGCCCUGGAAGGCGUCGGACCCAGCUCACAACCGGGAGCUGCGGCGAGUGGUGUCGCGAGGCACGGAACCUCUGUCCCCGAGACCCAUCGCCGAGGCCAAGAGGCUUUCCAUAGCAGACCAAUACUCGAUGGAUUCUGACUACAUCAAGCGAUACCUGGGGGAACUUACACCGGUACAGGAGUCUAGGCUGAUGCAGCUCAGAAAAUGGAUUGCCGAUUUACAGAAGGGAAAGGUACCAAGCGACACCACAUUGCUCCGAUUCCUGCGCGCCCGUGACUUCAGCGUAGAGAAAGCGCGUGAGAUGCUCUCCCAGUCGCUGCUCUGGCGCAAGAAGCACCAGGUGGAUCGCAUCCUCUCCGAGUACCAGACUCCAGACGUUGUGAAACAGUAUUUCCCGGGCGGCUGGCAUCAUCAUGACAAGGAUGGACGUCCGCUUUACAUUCUACGACUGGGUCAGAUGGAUGUCAAAGGAUUACUUAAAUCUAUUGGUGAGGACGGACUCUUGAAGUUGACGCUUCACGUUUGUGAAGAGGGAUUGAAAUUGCUAGAAGAGGCGACUCGUUCAUCUGAACACGCGAUCCAAUCCUGGUGUCUCCUGGUAGACUUGGAUGGGCUCAACAUGAGGCAUCUAUGGCGGCCCGGAGUCAGGGCUCUGUUGAGGAUAAUACAGAUCGUGGAGGCGAAUUAUCCGGAAACGAUGGGAAGGGUGCUCAUAGUGCGAGCACCAAGAGUCUUCCCGAUUCUAUGGACCAUAGUUAGCACUUUUAUAGACGAAAACACUCGCAGUAAAUUCUUGUUCUACGGCGGCAAGGACUAUCUGCAACAAGGUGGAUUACUCGACUACAUACCUAAAGAUUUAAUACCAGACUUCCUCGGAGGGCCUUGCAAGAGUUUCGUUCACGAAGGAGGUCUGGUGCCGAAGAGUUUGUACGUAAGUGGCGCGUUCACGGAGCGUGAUGGUGAUCCUCUGAGCGAGGAUAGCAUCUACCGAUCUGUCAGUUUGGGGAAGGGACAGGUACACGAGGUGAUAGUUCAGAAUCGCGACCCACAGAGCGUUCUGACGUGGGACUUCGACGUGCUGCGACACGACAUCUCCUUCACCGUGUACCGCAGCGACCGCGCACUCGACCAUCCCGACCGCGCGGCUGCGGAUUGCGUGGGCGGGGUAAGUGCAGAAGAGACACGCUCCGUGCUGGAUGGCUGCGGCUGGCGAGAGGGCGAGCACUACCAUCGCGUCGAGCCCACGCUGGUGUGCCACGACGGCGAGAGCAUACAGGGCUCGCACGUGAUGUCGGAGAGCGGCAGCUACGUGUUGCAGUGGCGCUGCGAGGCCGCGGACGGGUCCCGCGCCGCACAGCUUAUGUACUUCCACGAGACGCUCGCCAGCCACCACUACCGCGGCUCCAUGUCAAGCCUCCAAUCAGCGAUUAGCGGGUUCUCAUGCCUCAGCGGGAAGUCUGUUACCAGCUCGUGUCCCUCGAGGUGAUGCGCACCCUCCGCCCCGCCAGCCCUGUCCCCGCCGCCGCUGUCCCCGCAGCUGACACCGCCGCCCUCGCCGCCGCUGCUGUAGACCCGGGUAUAAUCGUUAAUACUGGGGCCAUCCAGUAAUAUUGGGGACAAAUGGUUAUAUUGCGGGUGCAAAGUGAUAAUUGAACAUUAGUGGUUACAGCAAGUCUUACUCAGUAAUAAGUUGACACCAUUAAAAUCAGGACAGGUGGUAAUAUUGGGGCUAAACAUUGGGGUUAAUUAGACUGGAGUGAUUACUGGUGAUCACUGGUGGUCAGAACGCGGCCUAUAUAUUAAUAAGCGGUGUAUGAGACAUUGAUAAAUGGUAUCGUAUGUAUGUUAUAAGCUACUUGUCACUACACUACUUCUUCACAAUACCUAAAACAAUGAUGUCGCAUCGUCACAAUAUACUCGUAUUAUUAUUAUAUGAACUUAGCAUGCGAAGGCUCAUUUUGAAUAAGGAAAAUUUAAAGUGUGAUAUGACAUGAGCAUCGCAUGCCAAUAAAUUAAGUUUAAAAUACCACCACUGACUUGUGUGCGGCUUUGUUUUGGAUGUUGAGUUAAUACCUAAUGGUGUUCAAUCAAUGUCAUCAUAUAAUAAUAUCUAAUUAGACUUACUAUCCCCGUAGAUUAUAUAUCAUAAUACCCAAAUUAUAUCACUAAAUUCUUACAACGCUUAUAAAUCGAAAUGCAAUCAUCGAUAAUAAAUAAUCUCAUUCUUUUAUAUAGGUCAUACUAUCCUAAAAUAGGUAUGAAAUCUGACAAUUCAACGACAAAUGCCCUUGAAUAGUAUUACCAUUUUAAUUUUACUAGAGUAAUUGGGGUAAAUUGGUAAUACUAAUAUUAUAUUAUUAUGAUUUAAUUUCUUAUUUUGGGUUUUGGAUUUUUUUUUAAAUUUAGUAUGGUAUUGGUGAUAAUAUUAAGUAAAGAGUACUGGAACGGGACAACUUCAUAUGAGUCAUAUAUUUUUAAAUUUAACAUAACGCGUGUUAAUCGUCACUUUGUAAGUUUAGGUUAAGGUUUAAGUGAUAUGUUGUCCUCACAAAUGAUAUAUGUGGUUUUGUUAUUUGACAAAGAUAAUUUAGGAAGUACAGAACUAUGGACUAAUUCCUAUAUCAUAUGAAUGAUAGAUUCGUUAUUUUUGUAAGAUGAUAUGGGGCAAACUGAUAAUACAUAGUUGAUAAUAAAAUCAGACCCAUCCGACCUAACGUAUUGGAAUACGGUAAUAAGUUAGUUAGUACAUAUUUAGCGUUGAUUUUUCAAUAAAGAUUUAUUUUAUUUUAUUUUUUAUACAAAACCUGUAAAAAUGUACAAUUUAUUCCUCAAUAUUGAAAGUACUUUAGUUAAAUGACUUCACAGAUCAAAUCAAUACAUCUGUGUUACUAUAAUAUAAUAUCAAAGGAUUUCAAUUAUAAAGUAAUUUACUUAGUAAAAAUGACUAAUUAUACCUACAUUUAUGGUAUAUCUAGAUAUAUGAAGGCCAGACAAUUGCUUGCAUUCUAUUUGUAUAAACUCAUUUAUUGGUACAUUUAGUAUUUUGGAACACGUAACUUACUACGAUCACAAAAAAAUACUGUUUUAAAAUCACCGCUUUGUAUUGACGUCCCUGAAAAAAGUAUUAUAAUUGUGCAAGGUAAAAAAAAAUGAUUUCUGUUCAUUUUAGGUAAGUUUGCAUACGCCCUUAAAAUAAGAAAUUUCGAGUAAAGAAGAAAAGAAUAAAAUUAUGUAAAUAAAAAAUGUUAUAUCGUAAUAAUUAUUAUAGUAUGACCACAACUUAGCGAUCAUACAGUUCAGAAAUCAACGUACUUGCGCUAGGUGAGUCUUUUAGGGCUGGUACCUAACAUCUUGCUUAGUAUUUGUGUGUCGAGCGACCAUGUUUUGAAUAUUCUAUACAUUUAUAAAAAAAAUAUGGUAGAUAGAUGAACUUUUGUAAUUUAUCAUGGUUUUAUUAUACUUAAGUAAAAUUUCAAACCUACACCAAUUGAUGAAAAGUAUAUUCAAGCGUAGCCCAUUUUCUUAGCUUACUAAUUUUUGCUUUAUUUUCUCUUGUCAUAUAAAAAUAAUUUCAAAAUUUUAAGACAUUAAUAAAACUCUUGACUACUUCUUAUUUUCAAUUUGUAAUCUCUGUGUAGCAAAAUAAAGCUUGCUAAACCAAUUUUUCAGUUUACAAUUUCCUUUCUUGUCAUUGCAUUGUCAUGUCUUGCACUUAUCUCAGUUCAAUUCUAUAUAUAUUAUUGGUGAAGAAUUUCUUACAUUUUUACUCUUAAAAAUGAAUCCUACAUGAUAAAUAUGAAAGUAGGCCGGUGUCAAGCUCUUUAAAAAGAUACCUACCUGUUUUGCUGUAUGGGGGCAAACACUUUCUACUGCUGCAAUUUUCAAAUAAAUUCAAGUUUACUAUAGUAAAAUGACCGCAAGAUCCAAAUUCGGAAUUAAACGUAUGAAAAAUUAACAACGCUUCAGCAAUUCUUGGGUGUAAAGUGGCACUAGCAUAAAUAUCCGACAGCACAAGCUUAACCCUCAGUUGUGGGUUAAAGGGUAAUUCUGACUAUUUAAAACAUGCGUAAUAUCCUUGGACGUGUUUUUGUAAACGAAUAUGGCGCAUAUGAGGUUUAUGGACGUUCCGCCUGAACUGUAUUAUCGCUAAACUGCGAUAUUACGUAUUUAAAUAAAGUCCAAUAUGGAAUUUAAACAAUGUUAUCGUAGUAAUAAAUUGCGCCGAUGGCACAGCUCUGCGCCGUGCCAUUCUAAUUGUUGUCCUAUCGUCAAGUAAAUAGAGUAUAUUUUUGAAUAAGUAGACAAUUACUUAGUAUUUAAGUCGAGUGUAAAAAUAGUUCAUCUAAUAUUGAGUCGGUCGCAAAUAUCACUAUGAUUUGAAUAUAGAAUAAGAAUGAUGUAUGUAAAUAUUUGAUUAUUAUUUCAACCAUAAAUAAAUUUCUGUAGGCGAUAGUAAAAUAUGACGAAGUAUUUAUGAUGCGAUCAAGGUAGUGAAGGUUAGAAAAAUUGCUUGCAUACAAUUUUUCUGUAAUCGUUCCCGAAUGGCCGUUUGACGGGCGCCCGAACAUGCAGUUGUCCUGAGCGUGCCAUGACAUUGCGAUUUUACGGUGUUGAACGUCCGGACUGAGGCCUGACUCGUGAGACUUAAGCGGGCAACUUUUUCCUUUUAAUGUUGGGUUCUGUACAUUAUAAUGGCAGAACACAAUCAGUCAAUCAACAGUACCUACACUACGCAAAGCGAAAAUAAAGUGUCAGGAGUCACUUGAUUUUAAUUUUGCUUGUGUUGUUACGGCUGUAUCUGAACUUUCAGUAAAAACAGU